GGCCGGCCGCCAUGAGCAACAGCCAGCAGCAGCCCCCGCCGCCCCGGCGGGUCACCAACGUGGGCUCCCUGCUGCUCACCCCGCAAGAGAACGAGAGCCUCUUCGGCUUCCUGGGCAAGAAAUGCGUGACGAUGUGCUCUGCAGUUACUCAGAUUUAUGCAGCAGAUCGCAAUGCCAUGUGGUCAAAGAAGUGCUGUGGUGUAGCCUGCCUUGUGAAAGACAAUCCACAAAGGUCUUAUUUUAUCAGAAUAUAUGAUAUCAAGGAUGGAAAACAAUUAUGGGAACAAGAAUUGUAUAAUAAUUUUGUAUAUAAUAGUCCUAGAGCAUAUUUUCAUACCUUUGCUGGAGAUACAUGUCAGGUGGGUCUUAAUUUUGCUAAUGAAGAAGAAGCUAAAAAAUUCCAGAAGACAAUAACAGACUUACUUGGACGACGCCAACGAAAAUCUGAGAAAAGGAGAGAUCUACCAAAUGGUCCAAGUCUACCAAUGGCAACUGUUGACAUCAAAAACCCAGAAAUCACCACCAAUAGAUUUUAUGGUUCACAAGUCAAUAAUAUCCCCUAUACCAAAGAGAAGAAAAAAGGAAAAGCAAAAAAGAAGAGACUGACAAAGGCAGAUAUUGGAACUCCUAGCAACUUUCAGCAUAUUGGGCAUGUGGGCUGGGACCCAAAUACAGGUUUCGAUGUUAACAACUUGGAUCCAGAGUUGAAAAAGCUAUUUGAUAUGUGCGGAAUUUCAGAGGCUCAGCUGAAAGACAAAGAAACGUCCAAGGUUAUAUAUGAUUUUAUUGAAAAAACGGGAGGAGUAGAAGCUGUUAAAAACGAGUUACGUAGACAAGCUCCUCCACCACCUCCGCCAUCUAGGGGAGGUCCACCUCCUCCUCCACCCCCACAUAGCUCAGGGCCACCCCCUCCUCCUGCUAGGGGAAGAGGAGCUCCCCCGCCUCCUCCAUCAAGAGCUCCAACAGCAGCACCCCCACCUCCACCACCUUCUAGGCCUGGUGCUGCAAUGCCCCCUCCUCCGCCAAACAGGAUGUAUCCUCCUCCCCCACCAGUUCAUUCUUCAACUGCACCCCCUGGCCCACCUCCACCCCCUCCACCCCCAUCAGGUGGUUCAUGUGUGCCACCACCCCCACCUCCUCCUCCACCCCCUCCUGGGCCGCCUCCACCACCUGGUCUUCCAACAGAGGUUGACCACCAGCUUCCAGCUCCUUCGGGAAAUAAAGCGGCUCUCUUAGAUCAAAUCCGAGAAGGUGCACAGUUAAAGAAAGUGGAACAGAACAGUCGGCCGGUCUCCUGCUCAGGAAGAGACGCACUGCUCGAUCAGAUACGACAGGGUAUACAGCUGAAGUCUGUAUCUGAUGGCCAAGAGACUGCAACUCCUACGCCUGCACCCACCUCGGGUAUCGUGGGAGCACUAAUGGAAGUUAUGCAGAAAAGGAGCAAAGCCAUUCAUUCUUCAGAUGAAGAUGAGGAUGAAGAAGAUGAAGAAGACUUUGAGGAUGACGAUGAAUGGGAUGACUGAUCCAAUAUAGUAUAUAUCAUAUAAAUAUAUAUAUUUUUAAGGUGAAUUACUAAACUACUUUCUGUCUAUGGAUUCUGUAAAAUUAUCAUGUAAAUGUUCUACCAAUUUUGCUGUAUAUUUUUGUUGCCUUUUGCUUUUUUAUUAAUCUGUGCAAUACCUCAUUUAAUCUGUAAAGGUUUGUCAUAAUCCUCUACAAAAGCUACUCCCGACUUAAUGUGUGCAAGUUUACAUCAGGUUGCUCAGUGUACAUGUGAAUACUUUCCAUUCCAUCAGAGAAGGGAGUUUUAACUUAAUGUGUGAGACUGACAAACAUUUUAAAUGUAUUUAGUUAUAAUGCAAGAAGGAAAAAAAAAACACUAUUUUCAUACCCUACUUUUUCUGUACCUAAAUUUUCUUAUUAAAACCUAGUAUAGCACUACAUUAUUUAAGCAAUGCAGCUCCUAGUUGAUUAGCCCCUUCAUCUUGGAAACUAUGCUACAUGAAUGAGGCCGACUAAAACAAUGAACUUCAUAACACUACAC